CACUUGCCAAAUUCGAAGUGAUGAUGUGUAAUUCUGUGUUUGUUGGAUUCGUUAACCACGCAAAAUAGCGAAUAUUCAGCGUUAAAAGAAUAUGUGUGUUCCAUUGUGACUAGAGCAGAAACGAUUAAAGUAGCAAAGGAGGAAUCAUGUCCGGAUACGAUCCGGGCGGUGGCAAUUCCGGGGCAGGGCAGACCCCGGAUUUGAGCAGUCUGCAGGAGAAUUUCAAUCAGCAGCAGGCCAGGAUUACCGCUCUGCGAGAGUUGGUCCGUCAGACGGAAAGUGCCCAGGGGAAGAAGACGGCUUCGGCCCAAGAGAAGGUCAAGAACAUAGCUCAGCGCCUAACGCAGUACAAAACGAAGGCGACCAAGUCCCGACUGAGUCGUGCGUCGAGUUCGGAAGUUCAGCAGGAUCUGCUGACAACCCGGAUCAAUGAGGAAAGUUUCGACGUCAGCGGAGUGGAAUAUGAAGAGCAGCAGCACAUGUCCCUGCCGGCGAUGCCAAGUUCGGUGCCCGUCGUCCGAGCACGGUCGGAGACUCCCGGAAGUGAAAAGUUCAAUUUGCUGCGACAGCAGAUGGAACAGAAUCGACUGAAGAUGGCCGCCCGGGAGAGCCACAAGCGAGAGAUGGAAGAGAGGGUGAUUGAGCUGAAGCAUAAACUGGAAAGCACUCAGCAGACGUUGGAAAGAUCGGUGGAAUUUGGACGAUCGACUGGAGAUUUGACCUUGCUGACGCCGAUGAAGAUGGGCAGAUUUGAGUUCAACAAGUCCACAUCGGAUUUGACGCAGCUGGUUGGAAGUGGUGCGAGUUCCAAUUUCGACGUCGAACGUCUGAACUAUCUGGAGGGCAGAGUCAAAGUUUUGGAGCAAGAAUUAACCAACAAAGAGACCGUCCCGGAAAAGGAUGAAGUCGUUCGGGAGCUGGAGCGAAAGAUUCUGGAUCUGGAAGAGGCGCUGAAGGAAAAGGAAUGCAUCAUCGAUGCUAGGACCCAAGCCGUUUCACUGAUGACUGAAAAUCUUUCUCUAAAAGGGAAGAAUACGGUCGAUCUGCUGGAGGACACCAAGCAGGAAAUGUACCGAAUGCAAACAAACUUCGUCCAGGCCGAGUCCAACAUGAAAGCCGAACUGGAUCGGCUACAGGUCGAAGUCGAUGAGAAGAAUAGCAAAAUUUCCAACCUGGAAGAGAUGAACAACAUCCUGGAAACGGCUCGGUACGAUCUGACCGUUGAAAAUGCCAGUCUCAAGCAGAAGCUGGAAGACGUUCAGGAUUUUAGCACCAAAAUCAGCGAACUGAACAAGUUGAACCAGAGUCUGCAGCAUCGCAUAACCGAGCUGGAAAGCCAAAAAUACGACUUCAUAACCGACGCUGAAGCCGAACAGGCCAAAUUUGGCGAAAGCGACGAAAAGUAUCAAGAAUUGCUCGACCGGAUCCAGGAACUGGAAGAGGAACUCUCCCGCAAAGCCACCCCCGAGGAAGAUCUGCUAGAAAAGAUUCGUUCCCUCGAGGCAACGAUUCAAGCUCAGAAAGAGGAAAUCGACAACUACAAACUGCAGCAUGCGGAACUGCAGGAAAACCUUCAGGAAAAGACCGUCGAGCUGAACGUCCUGAAUGCUAACUUUUCCGUUCUCCAGGAGAAGCUGAAGAAUGCCGGUCCGAAACCGCUGUUCCCCAAAUCUGCCGAAGAGGAAGCGGAAGUCGAAAACUCCAAGCUCAAACAACAGCUGGACGAAGCCAACAAGAGCAUGAUCAAAUCCAAGUUGAAGAUCAAACAGCUCCAGAAGCAGGUCGACUCGUUCAAGAAAACUUCCGCCGUUCAUGAGGAAGUCGUUCGAUUAACCGACGAGGUGCAAACCCUUGCCCAGCGCCUGGCCGAAGUCGAAGAAGAAAAAGGCAACCUCCAGCUGCAUUUGGUCAACUACGAUGGAUCUCUGCCGGACUCGGAACUGGAAAAGCGAAUCAAAAUCCUCGAGACCACCUGCCAAAACCAAACGACCGCCAUCCAACUGCUGGAGGAGCAAAAGCUCGACAUCAACGAAGAUCUCAACGCGAGCAAGCACGAGCUGGAAAAGAUGCGCGAUCAGGUCAAGGAACAGCAGGACCAGGCCGAUCAGUCCGGCUCGGUUAUCUCCCAUCACAUGUCGUCGAUCGAGACGGAAGAGCAGCUGGAGAAGUGCGUCGCCGAUCGGGAUGCGUUGGGCGAGCAGAUUCAAAAGCUGGAGGAGGAAAAGAUCGAACUGCAGCAGAAGCUGGACCAGUACAUGGUGGAGAAUAUCGAGCUGCUGGACCGGAUCGAGAAGCUGAGUCUGGAGAAGGUCAGCUCGGCGGAGUCGAUCGAGAUAGUGGAGGGGCUGACGGCGAAGGAGAAGCAGGAGAUCGAGAGCUUCGAGAAGGCCUGCCGGAAGAAACAGCUGGAGGAACCGCUUGGCGGGGUGGAUGAAGUUGACAGAGAUCGUCCCAAGACCGACGAGGACGACGACCAAGAAGACGACAAUGACCGCAUGGCAAAGCAGCGACGCGAAGAACCAACCGGCGACAGCGAAGGCGAAGAUCUGAAUUCCAGCUUGGUGAAGCUGCGCGAAGAAAGCAGCGAACUGAUGCACAAGAUCGAACUGUUCACCAACGAGCGCCGCGAGGUGCUGGAGAAGCUGGAAGCCCUGACGGUCGAGAAUCAGGGCCACAUGGAAGAGCUAGACCGGUUACGAGACGAACAUCAGGAUCUGUUGGAGAAGCAUUCCGCUAUGGAAGUGACCGAGAAGGCGUUGAAGGAGAACUUGGCGCGGGUGGAAAAGGAUAAGGCCGGAUUGGUUGAGGAACUGGAAGCAGCGAAGACGUUGAAGGUGAAGCUGGAAAGUGAAACGAGUACACCGAGUUCGAGUCAAAGUACACCGUCGAAGACGGUGGCGUCGGCCAUCGAUAAGAGUUCGUUCGAGCAGGCGUUACGUUCGGUGGAUAACGAAGUGACAAACUACAACAGGAACAAGGAUAAGAAUAAAAAGCUCCAAAUUUCGAAGAAGCUUUCUACGGACGCGAAGAAUCUGCAAAAGAUGGCGAACAGUUUGCUGGAGGAGUACUACAGAAACGUGACGGAGUGCGAAGUGAUGAAGACGGAGAUCGAACAGCUGAAGGAGAAGGUGCAGCGACUGCCCGAGGUGGAUCGAUGCGAGGAAGUGAAUGCACUGAAGGCACAGAUCAUGGAAAUAACUCAUGCACAGAUUGAAAAGGUCGAGCAGAUUGAUCAGUUGAGGGAUGAGUUGGACAGAAAGAAUGAGGAGAUUGAAGAACUUAAACGGGAGAUGGAAGCGGUUGCUGCUAGAGAGGCGGAGAGAUCGUCCGAUGAAGAACCGGAGCUGUUGAAGGUUGAACUGAACUGCAGGAACGACGAGAUAAGCGAGUUGAAGAAGGAACUGGAAGUGUUGGGUUUGAAGAAGGCUGGCGAGUUGGAAGAAGUACAUACAAAGUUGGUCAAGGCGAAUAAGGAGAUAGACAUCUUGAAGGAACAGGUUGCCGCGCAGCUGUUCGAAACGCACCAGAAGCAUGAGAAUGAAAUUGCGGCGAAGCUUAAAGAUAUUCAGAACUAUGAGAAUCAAGCGCAGAAGAUGAAGGAUCAGCUGGAGGAAAUGAGCAGACAAGUGGUAGAGAUGGGCGAGAAGUAUUCGGAAGAUAUGAAGCGGCAACUGGAAGACUUGAAGGAGCUAACCCAAAACCAGAACGAUGAGAUCGAACACAAACAGGAAACUAUAGAUACGUUGAACAACCAGAUCAUUGAGUUGUACAAAUCGAUGGAAGAGAAUGCAAACAAAAUCAUCGAGAAAGAAGACGAGGUGCAGUAUCUUCAGGAGCUGCUCGAUUCCAAGAAGGACGAAAUUCAGAUGCUCUACGAGAAGCUGACGGUGGGCAACAAGACGGCGGAAGACUUGCGAGCGCAACUGAAUCAAGCGCUGUCCGCUCCCGUGCCAGUUGUGGAUGAGUCAAAGCUGAAAGAGCUUGAACACAAGAACCAUGAACUGGAUGCCAAGAAUAAGGAGCAACUGGAAAAACUGAAGAAGUUUGCAGCUAAUCUGAAGAAAAAAAAUACCCACUGCCAGGAUCUGGAGCAGAAACUGGCAACGACUCAGCGGGAACUCGAUGAGUUGAAGAACGCAGCUUCCGCAGGACCUUCUGCGGACGAUCUCAAGGAAGAGAAUGAACAGUUGUCGCAAAAAAUGCAUCACCUGAACAACGAAUUACACAAGCUGCUUCAGCACAAGUAUAACCUGGAAGCGGACAAACAAGCGGCCCAGCAUGCAGCUUUGGCUCUGAAAGAAAACAUUCAAACGAAAGAGCAGCAAGCGAAGGAAUUGGAAGCGAAGCUGCAGGAAGUCGAAAAUCAGCUAGCGGAACAGUCGAAGACCCUGGAAACGGUUCAGGCAGAAGAUGCUUCAAAGGCGAUAAAGAUCGAAAAGUGCAAGGCAAUUAUCAAGGAAAAAAACAAGGAGAUCCAACGAUUGCAGGAACACGAGAGGAAGACAUCCUACCUACAAGAUGAGAUCAAGAUAGCGCAGAGUAAGCUGGAAGACUUCCACAAACAAACGAUGACGCUCGGCAGGCUGAAGACGGAUAAGGAAGAGCUAAACGAGGAACUGAAAGCGCAGUCAGAGCGAUGCAAGGCGUUGGCGGAAGAAUCGUGCCAAAGUGCAGAGAAGAUGCGCAAGUUGGAGGUGGACUUGGAAAUAAGUGAGGACGAGAACAGGAAGCUGAAGAGUAAAAUUGUAAAGCUGGAACAGGGAAUAUCGCGGGUGGAAGAGCGAAGGAAUUCUCUGGAACGGCAGAAGAAGCUAUUGGGAGCGAAACUGGAGGAGAAACAGCAAGAGCUGACGCAGCAUGAAGACGAACUUAUGCAGCGGUUGGCAAAUUUGUCCCAGCACGAUGAGGCCAUCGAGAACAAGCUGAAGGAGAGGGAGGAAGAACUUCUGGAGCUCGGAGGCAAACUUCGGGACGUAGAAUACCAGAGAGAUCAGCUUCAUUCAAAGGUGAAUCAACUGGAAGCGCAGAUGACUGCGUUUGAGGAAAGUUCUAAACGUGCUUCCGAGCUGGAGAAUGAAAAUUACAACUUCGCUCAAGAGAUCGGUGCACUUCAGACGGAAGUGAAACGAGUGCUGGCAGAUUCCGAAGCGAAGGUUUCGGAGAAGGAUUCGGAGAUUGAUCAGCUGGAGCUGGAGCUUACCAAUCAGCUAGCGAAGAUUGAAAACGAACGAAAGCAGCUACAGGAGAAUUUGGAACGUACCCAAGACGGCAAUACGGAACUUCAGGACGAGGUGGUUCGCUUGCAGGAGAACGUGAACUCGCUGGAGCAGUUGCGUUCAGAUUUGGAGAAGGAAAUUACGUGGUUAAAGAUGCAGAACGAGAGUCUCAACCAGGACAAUAGCGAACUGCAGACGGAGCUGGAGCACCUGAGGACCCAGUACGACACUCUGGUUCAGAAUCACCAGUUUGAAAUCAAUGCUCUAAAGCAGCAGAUUGCCGAUAUGGAAGCCAUCAGGACGCAACUGAGCCAGAACCAGACCGACGAUCAGGUGUCUGUGCAGAACGAGAUGAUCAAGCUGAAGGAACGGCUUGAGCAGAAGGAAGCUGAAGCGGUUCAACUGCAGCAGAGAAACUUACAACUACAGAUGGCUGCCAGUGGGCCUGUGGAUGAUCCGUUUUCGAAUUUACAGGCUAGUCCAGGGCAUUCAGCGACGGUGGCGUUGGAGGAGAAAAUCCGGGAAUUGGAGAAUGACGCAACGUUGAAGGAUUCAAGAAUACAAGAGUUGCAGAUCGAGAAAGAUCUGGUCGAUGAUAACAAUGUAGAAUUGAGAAAGCAGAUGCAGUUGUUCCAAAAGUCAAUGGACCGAGCAUUGGACAGUAGCGAAGCGUUCGAAGCUCAACUCGUGCAAAAGAGCUCUGAACUAAAGGAGCUGAGCGAACAGUUGUUCCAAAAAGUUCAACCAAAUGUUGCAGCUCCAACCUUUAGUACGUCGCAAUUUUUCGGCGCUCCCGGUGAUUCCAGCACGGUAACUCUGUUUGAUGCCGCUGGCGAUGGUUGGGGUUGGGAUGAACCUGUAGCCGUGCAACAAGUUCAGAAUCAGCAAGUUGCAGCAGUCCCACCGACGGACAACCUUCAAGCUCUUCGCGAUCAAAUCGAGCAAUUUAAGUCGCGAAAUGAAGCUGCUUCCAAGGAAAUCCAAGAAUUACAAGGCAAGUUGGCGUCGACGGUUGAUCGGGAUGACGAAUUCCAUCAACUGAAGGACGAAAUUGAUAUUCUGCGAGCGCAGAACGCCACGUUGAGUCAACAAGUGGACGAGAAAGCGACCAAGUUGGAGAACGUUGUGCAGUCACUGCUUGAGGAGCAAUUGAAGGCCGAACAACUAGAGGAACAGCUGCAGAACAAGGAAUCUGCGGUCGCUGCUCCUUCCGUGGCGUCAUUUUUCGCCGAUUCGGCCGCGCAGGGUCCCGUUUUUGAAGACUUGAUCGUACCGAAGAAGGCCUAUCUGUGUACACCAAGUGCAUCGGAGGAGCGUGAAGACUGGUCUGUAGAGGAACCGGCAAUGGCGAUUGCUACGGCAACUUCGCAGCAUGCAGUUGGUUUCGUUGAUCGCGAGUUGGAGAAUCUCCGCGAACAGAACGAGCUCCAGUUUAAGCAAAUCCGCGAACAGACCGAGCAACAUUCCCAAGCGCAGGUAACUGUGGUGCAACUGCAGCAAGAAUUGAGUCAACUCCAGGAACGGUACACGAAAUUGGAAGCUCAUCUGAACGUCACGCAUCAGAAGGAAAUGGAAGGCAAGUUGGCCGAUAUGGCUGACGAAUGCCUUCAGCUCAAGGACGAAAUUGACAUUGUACGGGCGCAAAAUGCUUCGCUGAGCUACGAAGUGGACGAGAAGACAUCCAAGUUGAAGGAAGUUGGGCAGAUGCUGUUUGAGGAACAGAUGAAAGUCAAUCAACUGGAAGAACAGCUGCAGAGCAAGGAGUCUGUAGCCACUGCACCUUCCGUGGCGUCAUUUUUCACCGAUUCGGCUGCCCAGGAACCAGUUUUUGAAGACUUGGUCAUACCGAAGAAGACCUAUUUGUGUACGCCAAGCGCUUCGGAAGAGCGCGAAGAUUGGCCAGUGGAGAAACCGGCAAUGGCGACUGCCAUGGCACCUUCGCAGCAUGCCGUUGGAAGAUUGGACGAUCGCGAGCUGGAGAAUAUCCGCGAACAGAACGAGCUCCAGCUUAAGCAAAUCCGUGAGCAGACCGAGCAACAUUCCCAAGCGCAGGCAACUGUGGUGCAAUUGCAGCAGGAACUGAGUCAACUUCAGCAACGGUACGCGAAAUUGGAAGCUGAUCUGAACGUCACGCUAGCCUCGCAUCAGAAGGAAAUGGAAGGCAAGGUGGCCGCUAUGGCUGACGAAUGCCUUCAGCUCAAGGACGAAAUUGACAUUGUACGGGCGCAAAAUGCUUCGCUGAGCUACGAAGUGGACGAGAAGACGUCCAAGUUGAAGGAAGUUGGGCAGAUGCUGUUUGAGGAACAGAUGAAAGUCAAUCAACUGGAAGAACAGCUGCAGAGCAAGGAAUCUGCGAUCGCUGCUCCUUCCGUGGCGUCAUUUUUCACCGAUUCGGCCGCGCAGGGUCCCGUUUUUGAAGACCUGAUCGUACCGAAAAAGACUUAUUUGUGUACACCAAGUGCAUCGGAGGAGCGUGAAGAUUGGUCUGUAGAGGAACCGGCAAUGGCGACUGCUAUGGCACCUUCGCAGCAUGCAGUUAGUUUCGUCGAUCGCGAGUUGGAGAAUCUCCGCGAACAGAACGAGCUUCAGCUUAAGCAAAUCCGUGAACAGACCGAGCAACAUUUACAAGCGCAGCAGGAACUGAAUCAACUUCAGCAACGAUGCGCUGCAUUGGAAAUGCAGCUGCAUCAGCAGCAGAUUGACGUGGAAGCCUUGCACAAUCAACAGGCCCAACUUAGCAGCCAGCAUCAAGAAGAGCAGAAGAAGCUGAAGGACGAAUUGAAUCAGUUGAAGCAACAGAAUCAGUCCCUGGCACAGGACCGAGACGCCUACCUGCAACUUCAGGACGAGCUGGACAUUCUGAAAGCUCAGAACAAUUCGCUUCUGCAGGAGAUGGAAGAGAAAGAUGAUCGGAUCAAGAGGGUUUGUCGCACCCUGACCGAGCAGGAAACUCGAGUUGUCGAUCUGGAGGAGCAACUGGCUAGUCGAGAGCAUCAGUUCGGUGGUCUACAAGGGCAGCAAGGUCCAGCGAGUGCCGUCUUCGAAGAGAUCAUCACACCGAACAAGGUCCAUGCAGCGGAAUCCUCAUCUGCCAAUAUCCAGCUGGAGGACGACUGCUGGGGAGCGGAUGAAGCCAUAUUGGAAGAGAAACAUCAGCAAACCUCUAGCGUUGCACUGGAACGUCGUCUCAGCGAAAAAGACGACUACAUCCGGCAGCUGGAAAUGGAGAAGGAGCGACUGCUUCAGGAGAUCGUUGAUUUGAAGGUCAAAUCAGGAAAGUUACUGAAGAAAGUCAAGGAGUACAAAGCGAAAAGCGACAACUUGCAAAGACGUUCGGCUUCGAUGGAAACCAGCGAGUUGGAUCUAGCGAUCCAGGAAGAGUUAAACUCUCAGAUCAAGUCACUGGAGGGAAGAUUGAACGAAGUGCAAGCCGAGCGGGAGAAGGAAGCCGUCGAGAAGGAUUCGCUUCUGAAGCGAAUCGACGUUCUGGUGGCCGCCAACGAACGGUUCAUCGAGAUGAAGGAACGGCAGGAUGUGCAGAUGGAGAUUCAGCUGGCGAAGAUCAAAGAGUUGAACGUAAAAUUACAACGCCUGGAAGAUUGGGGCGAUGAGAGUGAACCGAAGGAGAGCAAGCCGGUGGAACAGAUUCAAGGGCAAGGUGGUGAAGAAGUCGGACAGCUGAAGGUUCGUGUUCAGGAAUUGCAAAGGGAUGUUCAGGACCUGACAGUAGACAAUGAGGAACUUCAAGCAUUGCUGGAUGAAGAGAAGUCCAACGUGGAGAUCUUGGAGAAACGAGUGCAGCAGAAGGAUCGCGAAAUUCAAGAACUGAUCGAGAAAAUCGAUGACCUCUCGCAAGAUUCCCGGACGAUCAAGUCCAGUCUGGAGAGUCUGAAUCAACAAAAGUCAAAGGAAACCGAUGAUUUGAGUGUGCGCCUGCAGCAACUGAUGAGUAAGAACACCGAACUGACGCAACAGAUCGAGAAGAUGCGCACGGAAAGCCUUUUCCAAUCGUCCGAGCAGGAGACGAUACUGCAGGAACAACUACAGCAGCUAAGCGCUCAGCUGCAAUACAAGGAGGCGGAGAUCGUUCAUUUGAGCGAACGGAUCGAACAGCAAGCGAGGGAAGAUCAAACUCAAUCACUGGUGCAGGAGAUCCUCGUAAAGAAUCAGGAAAUCACCGCGCUGAAGGGUCGCGUUCAACAACUGCAAACCGAUCGGCAAGAGAUGGAACAUAACCUCACCGUGCAGAUAACCAAGGAUCUUGCGUCGAGCAGGCCGGAUGAGAAGCAGCAAAACCCUCGUAUUGGUGAGCUAGAACGGCUCAAUCAAGACCUCCGGAACGAGAAAUGCCAAAUGGAGCAGGAGUUGCAAGUUCUGAACGAUCAAGUCCUACGUAGUCUAGAGUUUGAAGAUCGCAUGAAGAGCACGGUUCUGGAGCUGGAUGCCAAGAACAUCGAAAUCGAAGCCCUCAAGGCAUCGCUGGAGAUGAUGAAGCAGGCUAGUACCGCGGAGAAUUCAACCAGUUCGGAACAGUCUACACCGAAGACAGGGACGAAGGGUGAAGAUGAUCUGCAGAGGCAGAUUCAGAAGAUGAUCAAAGAGCGUGCCGAUUUGGAGGCGAACUACCGCAUUACGUUGGAGCAAAGGGAUGCCCAUUGGGCGCACGUCGUUGAGGAACGAGGUGCCCAGGUUGCGGAGAGCUGGAAGCAGCACGUAGAUUUGAGGGAAACGGAGUUCUCGGUGAUCGAGAAGAGUCUGAAAGAGGAAAUCGACCGGUUACAGAGUGAGAGUGGUGCAGCACCACCGGCGCCGGUAGAUCCGACGGUGAUUCAGAACAUGAAGGACGCUCUGGAAGCGCAAGAGCUUGAGAUUGUCACCUUGAAGGAGCAGCUAGCGAUCCGAAGUGCGGAGUAUGCCCGUCUGGCGGCGCAGGUGGAUCCGUUUGCGGUGAAGCAUGCCAGCAAUAUGGUUACCAGUGAGCCAAGAUCUCAACCACCGAUGGUUGACGGAGAUAAGGUCCCGCGGUCGGAGUUGGAGCUGGCACUGUACAUGAUCUACCAGCGGGACAUGCGCUGCGAGGAGCUGGAACUGGAGCUGCGGAACCUGUUGACGGAACGGGAUUCGUUACAGUUGAGGCUGUCAAAUGCGUUGCGGCAGCACGAAGAGUUCAAGCGAAAGCUGACAGCGGCGCCCGGAGAACCAUCCGGCGAUUCGGCUAGUGAUGUAUCGAAAACGACGACGCCGGAGAAAUCACUGCAGCAGAUCGUGCAGGAGUCCGGUAUCAGUGCGAUGGCGGCGGCCACCGCCGGGAGCGACGUGUCGGACUUGAAUAACAAACUGUCGGAGUUGCACGCGAUUGACCACGGCCGGGACAAGCGGGUGCAGGAGGAACGGGGAGAGCGCCACCGGCAGAUGACACUGAUACAGCGGGAUCUGGCCUACAUGCCACUGGAGGCGGCGGCCAAGAUUGCCGGAACGAAUAUCUCUCAAACCGAAUCGUCACCCCAGGAACCGCAGAGCGCCUCAUCCGUACUGAUCAACUGGAUACUGGGUAAGAAGGCGGGCUCCUAAAUCCCAUGCUCCUCUUGCAAACAAGCUUGAUUCCACCAAGAUGAUUCCUACCACAGCCUAAGUCGUAAGGUUUUCUAGCUCUAUAAUUAUGUCCGUAGUUAAAUGUUUGGUCGUAGCGACUAUUAUGUAUGUCUAAGUAUGGUAACAAACGAAUCGGAACAGCAAACAAGCGCAGGGUACAAGCUAAUUAUUCAUAGCGAACGAUUGACCGACACAGACGACGACCCCCCGAACCCGAACGACGUUCGGGUGAAGCACUUUUUCCCUUUGGCAAAAAAUCCUUCACCCCCCGAUGCAUAGAAAAUAUAAACCCCCCACCCCUUUUGGAUCGGUUUGGACUCGCCCCGAUCCUCGUGUGCCCUCUCUAACCCAUGAAACGAAAGUUUUCUGUUCGAUCUUAUCUGUCAAAUCAAAAGGAGAUCGGUUGUAGCUGAGUGCCCGUGUUAAAAUUGUAGGGAUGAAUGUUGAAAUGGCGUGUUCGGUGGCGGAUGAUGAAACGAAGGGCAACGCAAAUGGCCAAGUCAUUAGAUAGUGGAAGUUUAUCUUUAUUUGUUGAGUUCAGACAGAAAUCAGGACGCAGACCUUGGCGUUCGUCGCAGGUCACGGUUAGCAGGUUAGUCGUGUGUAUUCUUUGUAAAAAUUGCAUUUUGUCCUAUUAGAUUCUUCGAUUUCUGUACAUAACCUAACAGCACCUAAUCCCCUCCCACUACUAAUUUGUGAUUGUUUGCUUGAAUUGUCCCGCAUCGAAAAUAAGUCCAUGUGUAUUAUUUGCCGAAAGGACGGAUUCUAAU